GUUUGCUGUACUCAAAUGUUUAAAAGAUUCAGAACAUCAGACUCUGUGCUCAGUUUGCUCAUCAAAGCUCCCAAAUGGGGGUUCAAAAGGCAGCUCUUUUAUUCGGCCUUUUCGUCUUCUCAGCUGCAGAAGAUUGUAUGCACUGCACUGGAGAAGAGUACAGAGGCAAGAUCUCCAUCACUGAGAGUGGAUACACCUGCCAACGCUGGGACUCUCAGACACCACACAAACAUGAAUUCAUCCCUUCAGCUUUUCCAGUGAAGUUCUUGGAAGAGAACUACUGCAGGAACCCUGAUAGACUGCCCAGGCCCUGGUGCUAUACAACAAAUCCAUCCAAACGCUGGGAAUUCUGCUCUGUUCCUCGAUGUACAACAGAACCGCCCACAGUUGUGCCAGAGCUCACCUGUUUUACCGGUGAAGGACGCUCCUACAGGGGCACAAUUUCUGUGACUAAAUCAGGGAUAACCUGUCAGAAAUGGACAUCACAAACACCUCACAAACAUGACAGAACUCCAGAGAAUUACCAAUGCAAAGGUCUUGAAGAGAAUUACUGCAGGAAUCCUGAUAAUGAGAAUGCACCCUGGUGUUACACCACAGACCCUGAAACCCGUUGGGAAUACUGCAGUGUGCCCUGUUGUGGAGAUCAACCUCAAUCUGAGCUCACCUGUUUUACUGGAGAAGGAAGCUCCUACAGGGGCACAAUUUCGGUGACCAAAUCAGGGAAAACCUGCCAGAAAUGGACAUCACAAACACCUCACACACAUGACAGAACUCCAGACAAGUACCUAUGCAAAGGUCUUGAAGAGAAUUACUGCAGGAAUCCUGAUAAUGAGAGAGCACCCUGGUGUUACACCACAGACCCUGAAACCCGCUGGGAAUUCUGCAAUGUGCCCAGUUGUGGAGAUCAACCUCAAUCUGGUCCGAAUUGGACUGCAGAGGAUUGUAUGCACUGCACUGGAGAUGACUACAAAGGCAAGAUCUCCAUCACUGAGAGUGGAUACACCUGCCAACGCUGGGACUCUCAGACACCACACAAACAUGAAUUUGUCCUUUCAAUUCUACCUGUAAAACAUUUGGAGGAGAACUACUGCAGGAACCCUGAUGGACAACCCAGGCCCUGGUGCUAUACAACAGAUCCGUCCAAACGUUGGGAAUAUUGCUCUAUUCCUCAAUGCACAACUACACCACCCACAACUGUACCAGAGUUUACCUGUAUUACUGGAGAAGGACGCUCCUACAGGGGCACGAUUUCUGUAACCAAAUCAGGAAAAACCUGCCAGAAAUGGACAUCACAAACACCUCACAAGCAUUCCAGAACUCCAGAGAAUUACCUAUGCAAAGGUCUUGAAGAGAACUACUGCAGGAAUACUGAUAAUGAGAGGGCACCCUGGUGUUACACCACAGACCCUGAAACUCGCUGGGAAUACUGCAAUGUGCCAAAUUGUGAAGAUCCAUCUAGACCUGAUUGUAUGCACUGCAAUGGAGAAGACUACAGAGGCAAGAUCUCCAUCACUGAGAAUGGAUACACCUGCCAACGCUGGGACUCUCAGACACCACACAAACAUGAUUUUGUCCUUUCAAUUUUACCUAUAAAACAUUUGGAGGAGAACUACUGCAGGAACCCUGAUGGAUCGCCCAGGCCCUGGUGUUAUACAACAAAUCCGUCCAAAGGCUGGGAAUAUUGCUCUAUUCCUCGAUGCACAACUACACCACCAACAAUUGUACCAGAGCUCACCUGUACUACUGGAGAUGGAGGCUCCUACAGGGGCACGAUUUCUGUAACCAAAUCAGGCAAAACCUGCCAGAAAUGGACAUCACAAACACCUCACAACCAUGACAGAACUCAACAGAACUACCCAUGCAAAGGUCUUGACGAGAAUUACUGCAGGAAUCCUGAUAAUGUGCAAGCACCCUGGUGUUACACCACAGACCCUGAAACCCGCUGGGAAUACUGCAAUGUGCCCAAUUGUGGAGAUCAACCUCAAUCUGCCACUUUAUUAGGUACACCUUACUAGAACCGGGUUGGACCCCCUUUUGUCUUCAGAACUGCCCUAAUCCUUCAUGGCAUUGAUUCAACAAGGUACUGGAAACAUUCCAGGAUGCAGUUGCUGCAGAUUUGUUGGCUGCACAUCCAGGGCACGAAGCUCCCGUUCCACCACAUCCCAAAAAUGCUCCAUUGGGUUGAGAUCUGGUGACUCUGGAGGCCAUUUGAGUACAGUGAACUCAUUGCCAUGUUCAAGGACCAGUCUGAGAUGAUUUGCGCUUUAUGACAUGGCAUGUUAUCCUGCUGGAAGUAUCCAUCAGAGGAUGGGUACACUGUGGUCAUAAAGGGAUGAACAUGGUCAGAAACAAUACACAAUGCUCAAUUCGUACUAAUGGGCCCAAAGUGUGCCAAGAACAUAUCCCUCACACCAUUACACCACCACCAGCCUGAACCGUUGAUACAAGGCAGGAUGGAUCCAUGCUUUCAUGUUGUUUACGCCAAAUUCUGACUCUACCAUCUGAAUGUCGCAGCAGAAAUCAAUACUCAUCAGACCAGGCAACAUUUUUCCAACUUCUACUGUCCAAUUUUGGUGAGCCUGUGCAAAUUGUAGCCUUAGUUUUCUGUUCUUAGCUGUCAGGAGUGGCACCCGGUGUGGUCUUCUGCUGCUGUAGCCCAUCCAUAUAUAUAUAUAUAUGACAAUGUUUUAUUCAUUUUUCAUUGUUUUAAGGAAAGUGUCCUGCAUGUAGAAGCCCUGAUACCCUGAAUAUCUAUAUAUUAUCUAUAUAACUGUCAUUAAUAGUGAAUAAAUAUAAAGUUUUGAGACAAUUAUUAUGUGUUCUUUAUGGGCAGGGGGUGCCCUUUUUUAGUUUUAAGAACAUGCCCCUCAGAAGGUCUUUGCAUGGUGCACGACUUACAGUUACGACAUAAAUAAGUUAUGACAUAAAACGUCAAUACAGUUGUAUGUAUUGUGUGUGAUAUUAAAUGGCUGUUAAAGCGCUGUUGCUUUGGCUGUUAUAUAAUUCUUUUGUGAGUGCACGCGUGUGUGUGUUUGAUGGCAGUCUAGUGCUUGUGUUUUUCUUUGGUUUUGUUGCCAUCUUUUUUGUUCUUAUAUUUAAAUGUUAAAGUUUGUUUUUUAUUUAUUUUGUUUAAUUUGUUUAGUAUUAUAUUGGUUGAUUUAUUUAGUUUUGUUAUAAUUCUAUUGAGACUCUUUAUUGUAUUCUAAGUUAUUUUGUUUGUCACCUGACACUACACUAUUUGUUUUUCUAUGUGUAGCCUUGAGUUCGAUUUUAUUAAACAAAUAGCUUAAUGUUAUGUAAAAGCAAAUAAUGUCUAAACAAAUAUCUAGUUCUGAUAAAUGACAUGGUCAGUAACAGUAAUAUUGACUGACAAAGAUAACACAAUCUAUACAACUUCCGGAACAUGCACCCGAAAUCCUUGUCAGGACGCAUCCGACAAGAAUGGCACGUAUGGUCACCCUGGUAUAAAAUCAUGUGUGCUUUUGGGUCCACGUCAGGCCCAUGCUUCAGUCAC